AGCCAAAGCCGGAGAGAAGAGAUGAGCAAGAGGCGAGCCGUGCUGCUCCUUCGGGAAAGAUUCCGGUCCAGCUUCUUCGCGCACCACCGCGACCGGCGGACGAGCAUCCACCGCCCCAGAGCCGUCGACUCCCCCCACUGCAGCAGCGCAGCAACUUAUUCCUCCUCUAGGUCCAGAGCCUCUCCGCGCCCAGCCAUGGAGGUACUCCGCUCCAUCUUCUCCUGUUUCUCCUCGCCCCGCUCCGCGGCACUGGCACACAAUGGACUGUGGUCGAGCGGAGCUAGCGAGAAGAACAAGGCCAUGGUCGAGCAACUGCAGAGAUACGGGGUAAUCAAGUCGGCCAAAGUCGCGGAGGUCAUGGAGGCCAUCGACAGGGGGCUGUUUGUGCCUCCGGGCGCUUCCCCCUACUUCGAUAGCCCAAUGGCAAUUGGCUACAAUGCAACCAUAUCCGCGCCUCACAUGCAUGCUGCUUGCUUGGAGCUCCUGGAGGAUCAUCUGCAGCCUGGGAUGCGGGCUCUGGAUGUUGGAUCAGGCACUGGGUACCUAACAGCUUGCUUUGCACUCAUGGUUGGACCGGAAGGACGAGCGGUUGGUGUUGAACACAUACCAGAGUUGGUUGCAUCUUCUACAGAAAACAUCAAAAAGAGUGCAGCAGACCCACAGCUUAAAGAUGGAUCUCUCAGUAUUCAUAUUGCUGAUGGUAGGGAGGGCUGGCCAGAGCUUGCACCGUAUGACUGCAUCCAUGUCGGAGCUGCAGCACCACAGAUUCCAGAGGCAUUGAUCGAGCAGCUGAAGCCUGGCGGCAGAAUGGUGAUCCCAGUUGGGACCGUCUUCCAGGAGCUAAAGGUGGUGGACAAGAAGUUAGACGGCACAGUCAGUGUCAGAGAUGAGACGUCUGUGCGCUAUGUGCCUCUCACUAGCAAGGAUGCCCAGCUACACUCGAACUGAUCGCCACAUUCUGCCAUUCCAUGCGCCAAUCAAGGCGCUAUGUUUGUACAUAAAGUUUAUCCUGCUGUCAGUGUACAACUCUGGGGUUUGUGGAUACUGGCACUUCAUAAGUAAUGAAGCAUAUGUGUCUGUUUUGCUAAA